ACACCCAGAGCCACCCCGGCCGCCGGAGGAGCCGCCCUCCGCUCGGGCUCGCCCACGACCGGCGGGGAAGCCGGCGCCGCCCGCCCCGCAACGAGCGCGCCCGGAGGCGGCCCGGACCCCGCCGGAGGAGGAGCAGGAGGAGCAGGGCGAUGCUGGCGGGGCUGGGGCGGGCGGUGCGGAGCGGCUGGCCGCCGGGCAAGCGGCAGCCCCCGGUGCUGCUGGGCAGGCGGGAGGGCUGCCCGCCGCCCGCACCGCCUCAGGUGUGGCUGGGGGGACACGCCGGAGCUUGCGGGGGCCUGGAAGGAGCAGCACCUCCCAGCACCUUGGUGCCGUCUGACGAAGUAACUAUUAAUUACAGACAUGGUCUUCCUGUGAUAACUCUUACGCUGCCCACAAGAAGUGAGCGCUGUCGGUUCACUGUUAAGCCAAUGCUCACCACCGUAGGGGCAUUCCUGCAGGGUGUGCAGAGAGAAGAUAAAGGAAUCGAGAGGGCAGAAGUCUUUGCAACAGAUGGUAGCAAGGUCUCUGAUGCAACCUUGAUGGAGGUCUUACUGAUGAAUGACUUUAAACUCGUUAUCAACAACACAGCAUACAGUGUGUCGCCUCCUGUAAAAGAUAAGCUGAGUAGUGAGCAUGCUACUGAAAUGGAAGAUAUCAAAUCCUUGGUUCACAGACUGUUUGUGGCUCUACAUUUAGAAGAACACCAGAUUAGGAAAGAGAGAGAAUUGCUGCAGAAACUGGAUCAUCUGAAAGAAGAGCUGCUGCCUCUUGAACAGAUGAAAGCCAGAAUCACGGACAGUGCAGAUGCAAAGACCUCCAGGCUUCUGUGGGUGGGCUUAGCUCUGAUGUCAACACAAGGAGGAGCGCUGGCAUGGCUCACUUGGUGGGUCUACUCCUGGGACAUCAUGGAGCCGGUCACGUACUUUGUCACUUAUGGGAGUGCCAUGGCUUUCUACGCCUACUUUGUUCUUACCAAACGGGACUACAUUUACCCUGAUGCUACAGACAGGCAGUUUCUCCAUUACUUCUAUCAGAAGUCCAAAAAGCAGCAUUUUAAUGUGGAACGAUAUAACAAGCUCAAAGAAGACCUAGCAGAGGCAGAAGAAUCCCUGAAGCGUCUGCGCCAGCCUCUGCACCUGAGGCUUCCCAUCCAGGAAAUCAGUGACAAGGACUGACUUUGGUUUUGUAUAUAUUGAAAUUGCCCUUUCAAAGCUGAUAACGUGUAUUUAGUUACUCUAUAGAAACUGGAUAUUUUGGACCACUAUAGUUUUGAAAGUUGCAAUAAAUAUCUAUAAAAAUUG